GCCGCCGCCCGGCGCAGGCCCCCUCCGUCGGCGUUGCCCGCGCGGGGAGCGCACGCAGCGGCCAGGGGCGCGCGGGCGGGGGGUGGGGGGGCGGCUCCGGCAGGGGGCGAGGCGCUGCCCCGAUCGCUCGCGCCGCGGCUCGCUGCAAACUUUAUCAGCGCGUCUCGCUCACUCGCCGGAGACGCGAGCUGGGGGUGGGGGUGCGGGGGGGGGGCGGGGGCGCGGCGCCGGCGGCCGUGACGAGGCGCUCCCGGCGCUGAGCGCUUCUGCUCGGGGCACGCAUGGCGCCCGCACCGGCCGUCUGACCUGAUGCGGACGCCAGGGGGUUACUAUGAACGCCCCCGUCGCUGGGAUCUGGCUCUGGCUCCCUCUGCUCUGGACCUGGCUCACCCCGGAGGAGGUCAGCUCUUCAUGGUGGUACAUGAGAGCUACAGGUGGCUCAUCCAGGGUGAUGUGUGACAAUGUGCCAGGCCUGGUGAGCCGACAGAGGCAGCUGUGCCACCGACACCCAGAUGUGAUGCGUGCCAUUGGCCUGGGCGUGGCCGAGUGGACAGCUGAGUGUCAACACCAGUUCCGCCAGCAUCGCUGGAACUGCAACACCUUGGACCGGGAUCACAGCCUCUUUGGCAGGGUCCUGCUCCGAAGUAGUCGGGAAUCUGCCUUUGUUUACGCCAUCUCCUCAGCUGGAGUUGUAUUUGCCAUCACCAGGGCCUGUAGCCAAGGAGAAUUAAAAUCCUGUUCCUGUGAUCCGAAGAAGAAGGGAACAGCCAAGGACAGCAAAGGCACUUUCGACUGGGGUGGCUGCAGUGAUAACAUUGACUAUGGGAUCAAGUUUGCCCGAGCAUUUGUGGAUGCCAAGGAAAGGAAAGGAAAGGAUGCCAGGGCCCUGAUGAAUCUCCACAACAACAGAGCCGGCAGGAAGGCUGUCAAGCGCUUUUUGAAGCAGGAGUGCAAGUGCCACGGUGUGAGUGGCUCCUGCACUUUGAGGACGUGCUGGCUGGCCAUGGCUGACUUCAGAAAAACAGGCGAUUAUCUCUGGAGGAAGUACAACGGGGCCAUCCAGGUCGUCAUGGACCAGGAUGGCACCGGCUUCACUGUGGCUAACAAGCGCUUUAAGAAGCCCACGAAAAAUGACCUCGUGUACUUUGAGAAUUCUCCUGACUACUGUAUCCGGGACCGAGAUGCAGGCUCCUUGGGUACAGCGGGCCGUGUGUGCAACCUGACUUCCCGAGGCAUGGACAGCUGUGAAGUCAUGUGCUGCGGGAGAGGCUAUGACACCUCCCGAGUCACCCGGAUGACCAAAUGCGAGUGUAAGUUCCACUGGUGCUGCGCCGUGCGCUGUCAGGACUGCCUGGAGGCCCUCGAUGUGCACACGUGCAAGGCCCCCAAGAGCGCUGAUUGGGCAGCUCCCACUUGACGCCAGUGGACAUCAUCGUCAGCCUCUUCUCCUCUCGGAAGGACGCCAAUGGAUCUGCAGGGACCUUGGGCCUUUGGGUUCUGUAGGGGAGUUAUUUCCAAGGCAUGUGACCUUUGUCUCUGCAGAAAGCCUCUCCCUCUCUGGGGACCCAGGACUGAGGUCACAUGCUGUAUGCAAAGCCUGCCCUCUUCUCUCUGACUUCCAGCAUUCAAGGGUCCUAAAAGGCUGUUUGAGGGAAGAGGUGCAGGCCCAAAUCCCCGUCUCCAAUCUCCUACCCCCUCAGAAGUUUCUUAUUUCUAGAGUUGUUGACCAGAGGGGAGAACAUCUCAAAGGAGCUCUCUCUGGGUGUUCCAACACAUGUUCACCUAAAGAAAGUAGGACCCGCUACCACUGAGUGAACUUAAAUUCUUAAAAAGAGCCAGCAAAGGUUUAGCCUGAGCGACCUCCGGCAGUAGAUGGUUACUGCUUCGGGAAUGGCGACUGUCAAAAAAGACCUUAGCUUAGGAAUAUAUCUUUUUCAAGGCAUUUGUGCCCAUAGUAAAAUUGGAUAUCACAAGGCAGGGCCAUUACUAGGUGGGGCCAGCAUUGAAUCGUCGUAAUAGUACAAGAACGUCAGGAAAUGAUUGCUUUGCAGUACUGCCCUCUCAUAGGUAAAACAUUGAAGAGUGAAACUUCUUUCUUGCUUAGGAUCUGAAGGGCAUUUAAACAGAAGAUUGACGAUCUGGCAGGAUUCUCUUACUAUCAGGAGGAGAGGGAGAAAAAUUAUUUAGUGGGGAAGCAGAAAAUGCAUCUUGACACAGCAGUGCAGGUGACCUGUGGAAUUCUGUAACUGAAAAAGCUUUGAGUGCAGACUUUUGGCAUGAUGAGAUCAGGGAAACUGAGAGCUGACAAAGAGGUUUUCCGAGCUGAGUUCAGGUCUGGAGAGCCUUUCCCAUAAGCAGAGGCCUAAAAAAAGUUCGCCACAUGGGUAGAGGAACAUCAACUAGCCCCCAUCACCCUCCGGCAUAUUUAAAGACCUGUCAUAGUUAAUUGUGUUCAUCUGUUGCUCACACGAUGACAAGAUACUGUAGCCCAAGCAAAUGGCAAGGCGCUUUGUGUAUAAAGCCGGGAACCCUAGCAUAUUGUGUUACACAUGCAUCGUAACAGGGAGACUAUCAUUAAAAGAUCCAGCUGUAAUUAUGAGAACAUCAGUAUACAAAUUGUGGUCAGCCCCUGUCUUGUGCCAAAAGAUGACAUCCAGGGAAAGCGGAGAAGCUGCUUCCCCAUUCUGUAGAUUCAGUGAGAAAAAGGUGAACUGGAUUCUAUCCCCUCACUGAAUUAGGAUCUUGUUCUCAAUGUAAUUAUUCACAGAACUAACAGGAUGCUUCAUAAUAUGUAUCUGGUCUUAAACUAUCAGUGCCUGCUCGUUCUCUCAUUCUUAGACUUUUGGUAUCUCUCCCCUUGCUUUCUAGAAGGACUUUUAGACAGAGAAUUGUAGGAAACAUCCUAUCAGAGUAUUUUCUUGUCUUGAUAUUUGCCUCCUCAUCUCAUCUUUAAAAAAGCAGAAUUCUUCUCCUUUCCCACACUCCCAAACCUCAGAAUUCGCUAAUAGUUCCAAAGAGACUCUUUCCUUUUUUUUGAGCUUAUGGAUUUGGAGUGUGGGAACAGUGGCGGGUGAGUCGCUGCUUUGAGCUUAGUGUGGGUCAUUGGGGGAAGUGGUGGAAGGUUUGGCCCAUGGGUUCAGUCUGAAUCACACUGACGUUUGCUAUAAGGUGAGGGGGUUCUUCUGGGUCCCGGCAUCAUCAGCCAUCGUACAUCUGUGGAAAUAGUGGCACAUGGAAACAUUCAGAGGACACCUCAGUCCCUCUCAGUUUAUAUCUAAGGAAACUGACACCGAGAGGUGAAGGGAUCUGUACAGACAGCCACCAUGACUCCGUGCUCUGUUUCAAACAGUGAAGCCCUUUCUAGAGUAAAGCAAGCCAGUCUCUCAGGAUGAACUCAAUGGUACCUAAAUCAUUUUAGCAUCCAAGGGGAUGUUCCUUGUUUUCUCUUUUCUUUUUUUUUCUCUUGUCUUCCUGGGUCAGUUUAGAUCCGAUUUCUUUUUUAUACUUAACUGCCUUGUUCCUGAGAGGGAGCCGAGAGGCAAGGCAUAUCCAUGUAGAAGUCUGCACAGAGAGUCUGGUGGGUCGGGGGGCUACGGGACAGUGGGAGGAAGCACUGUGGGAAGAAAGUGAAUUAUUAUUCCCUGUGUGUGCUUCUGAAGUAGAGACUCUUCAUUCCUGGAAAACAACAUUUUGUGAAGAUCAUUUCAAACUCAUCUGCUUUAGAGUGUGGUAGAGGACCAGCAUGAUUAUGAUUCUAUAAUUAAGCCCUUGAUUAUCUGAGACUUUUAAAAGAAUGUAUGGAACUAAUGACUCAACAAGUAGAGAAUAAGAGAAUCCACUCAGGUCCAAUCCCCUCGCAAAUUUCCUCAAGGGGAGGGGGAAGUCUACAUUGAAACUUUCUAAGCCAAGAUUAAUAUUCAUUCAUUUUCAGUGAUAUACAAAGUAGUUUCUCAUAUGAGGAAAUCUUAGCUAGCUCAUGCGUGUUUUCUACAAUAACCUGCACAUGACUUUGAGACAUAGCAAAUGUGUUGUUUGCCUCAAUAUAUUCUCCUCUUUUAACUCAGUGGUGCCAGUGGAUCAUGUCUGGAUUCUGUCACCAUGCUUUCUUCAUUUUCAUCACUGCAGCCUGCACAUCCCCUAAGGCUAGGAAAGACUGAAUUCCCUGCCUUGGAAGACCCGUGCCUUCCCACCAGUGGCUUCAGCUCACACACAAAUGCCCCCAGUGGCAAUUCCACGCUUGGCUUGGCCUCUGUUUCUACCCCGCAUAUUAUUGAACCACAGGGAAAUGGGACACAAGGCGCCCCAGAACACUGUCUGCUUUCCUUUGUCUGUGUGGGUGUCACCAGAUUGAAGGGAACGUGCCAGGGAAUCCAAGAAAGGAUGCUUUAGUCUGCAGGGCACCAGAGGAUAGGAGUGAGGGGAAGAGCCCUGUCAUUCUUGGGGCUACCUGCCGAGCCUGACGUGGUUGGAGAGUUGUGUUUGUCUGCUCUUGUUGCCAGCUCCACCUUCCUUCUGUUUGUCUUGUUCCUGUGGUAUCAGGAGCUCUGAGACUCAGGCAGGUGAUCAGGUUUCAUUUCUGUCGUGUAGCUUUGCUCUGUCCUGAUCCUGUGCUCAGGAGUGAACCCCCAGCAAUGAUCAGGAGACCUUGACCAGUGCCAGGGAUCAAACUGGCAUCGCUGCAUUACUAGGCAAGCCCCUUAACGCUCUGUACUAUCUUUCCAAGCAAUCUGUUCCAUCCUCACAGCCGUGUCCCUUAUGGUGGGAGUUGUCAUACCACUUGAAAAAAAGACCCCAUUGCUCUUUAAAAGAGGGUAACUUGAAAGUUAGACAACCCAACUUCACAUGGCCACUUAGAAAAGAAUCCUGCACCGAUUCUACAAGACCCAAAGCAGGCUUCUCUGCCAGGAGCAGCGACAUGACUGUGCAUGAGAGUGUAAUGGACGACGACGUUUGCAGGCCCAGAUUUUGUUAUUACUUCUGUCUCUCCCUCCACUCCCCCACCCCCUUUUUUUUUCUCUCUCUCUCUUUGAGGCUGGCCUGGGGCUGGUGUUGUCUUGCUAAGUGAAGAACACAAAUCUCUCCUCUUACCAAAAUAAAGGCUCUCAAAAUAAAGGCUCAGAAGGAUGUCCAAUGGACCAGAACCAUUCUUUUGUGUCUAUUUACUGUACUGCAAUCUGGGUUUCCCUAUAUCAAGAGCAAGAGUUGUACUCUUAACAAAUAGACCUCACCAGCUCUCCGGCUGGUAAAUUGCUUUUGUCAGGUCUGUGCUGACCUUCUGAAAAGCAAUCUGCCAAUGCAGGCUGACAGCUCAGAUGUGCUUAUUUUGACCUUCUCCUUACCUAGGCAGAGAAAAUUUUCACUCAUCCAUGCGAAUGUUCUUUACAUUUUUCUGAGGAUCAGUGAGGUGACAGGUAGUUUGCAAAGCCCAACAUGAUCACUAUUUUUCUAAAUCAUAGUUGUUCCAACUCUAGUUUUUUUUUUCAUGAUGUUCACAUGGAUUCCUGUCUAACCAAACCUCCCACUGCCACAAGCUAAUAAAAGUGUCACAGCAGAUUGUUUCAAAGAACUAUUGUUAUUUACAAGUCUACAUUUUCUGUGAAAUCAAAACAUAAUAAAGUGAAUUUUCAGUGUUGACUUUGUUAUUUUAAACUUGUGAUGGUCUUGCCAAAGUCUCUGGUGAAAAGAAAUCCCUGCAGAUUCUGGAAACGAUUCCCCUGUCUUUUCUCAAGACUACACUUAACACAGCUUGAUUAAGAAGUCUCUUCAACUUUAUAACAAUUUUCAGGGAAGAUAAGAAGACGAUUGUCUUAUUAUCCUAAUGACUGCUCUUGUUAUUUCAUGGGUAAGACAUACGGGGGUCAGAUUGAGAAAUUGUUUGAGAUUUUCGGCCUCUCUCCCUUGUGGUUACCAUCUCUGUGUAUGCCACUCAUAGUACCAGCAUGAUUCACAGGAUAUAUGAAUCCAUCAUCUUCCCCGAUAGCGUGAGACCCUCCCCUACCAAUGUCUCCAAAUUGCUGCUUUCCAUGUACGUGCUUGCUCCAGCCUGAAGUGGUAUUUUCUCAGCUUGAUUGGAAACAUACAAUGUCCUUCACCUCUUUAAUGAGAUAUUUACAGCCUAAUUGUAUGUGCUAUUUAUUUAUAUGCAAGCAGCAAAAGCUCAAAAAAUGGAAAUAAACUCUCCCUCGGCAAAGUAAA